UAGUCCUCUGUCUCUCUAUCUCCUUGGCCCUCUGCUGCAGUUCGGCCCUCUCAAUGGUAAUCGGCCUUCUCUCUCUAUACCUGCAGUUCGUCGAGAAUUGUUGUUUCAAAUUUGCAUGUGAACAUGAAGAAAUCGUUUUCUGAGACAAUCAAAGAGAUGUAUUAUCAUUUCAAUGAAAGAUCAGGGCAGAAGGCUCCGUUAGUUGCAGAUGAUGUUUAUGAGAUAAUCAUGAAGAAUGCUGGCCUUCUGGAUAGUGAAAUAAUUUAUGUCAAAGACUUCGACUAUGACUACUUUGGUUUCAAAACUCUUGAGAGAUCCUACCUAUUCAAGGAUUCUGGUAGGGUUACAGAAAGGCAACAGCAUAUGCUGAUGAGGGUUGUUGUUGGAAUUCAUAAGGAUGAUAUUGACUUUGCCCUCAGAACAUACCAUUUGAUGUCACAACGUUGGUUCACACAUGCUUCCCCUACUCUUUUUAAUGCUGGGACUCCGAGGCCUCAGAUGAGUAGCUGUUUCCUUAUUUGCAUGAAAGAUUAUAGCGGUGAAGGAAUAUAUGAUACUCUGAAGGAAUGUGUUGUCAUUAGCAAAUUGGCAAGAGGCAUUGUUGUUUCCAUUCAUGAUAUUCGUGAGACAAGCAGUUACAUUCGUGGUACAAAUGGGACCUCCAAUGGCAUUGUCUCAAUGCUAUGGGUGUUCAAUGUUACUACCUGUUAUGUUGAUCAAGGGGGUGGCAAGAGAAAGGCCAGCGACAAAAGGAAGGAGAACCAGUAUGCUAUAAUAGCAAAUGCUUGCUACCCUCAACACUCCUUUGGUGGGGGUUGGGAAGCAUGGGAUGCUUCCAAUGUCUUUAAAAAGGCUGAGAACAAUGUGGGGAGGAGCUGGUUCAUUACCUAUGAAAAUUUGACAGUUACACAGGAGUGGCCAAUCUUAGUAGCUGCAAGGAUGGAGGUGAAGGAGAUGGUGCAAACUAUUUAG